AAUGCCUUCAGCGCCUCCGUGUUAUUUCCCUAUAAACACCGGAUAUGCGUUGAUGAAAACGAAUAAUGAGUCGAACGACAUGUUCUUUGUCUAUAAGAACGGAACGUUCCAAAAUCCGUAUGGAGCUGAUCUUGCGUUUUUGGAAUUUUCCUACGCAAAAUACGCACAUACGUUGCAUAUUCGAAUUGGCCAAACUGGAAGGUAGUAUGAGCCACCAAUCGAAUUCCACACAACUGCAGACGUCCCAUCGAAUCUCGAUUUGCAUAUCGAUAAUAGUUCGGAUAUGUUCGCGUUCAAGGUGUCCAGAAGCAACGGGUCAACGCCUAUUUGGGAUACUUCAAUCGGUUCUUUCCUGUUCUCUGAUCAAUACAUACAAAUUGCGACCUUCUUACCAUCUGAUCGGGUCUUCGGUUUCGGAGAGCAUGCACAUAGUUCCCUGAAACAUGACCUCUCACGCUACACAACAUGGGGAAUGUUGGCGAGAGAUGAGAUGCCUGAAUACAGUGAGAGGCCUCUUAAGAACUUAUACGGAGUACAUCCAUUCUACUUGUGUGUUGAGUCGGACUUCAGUGCUCAUGGCGUUUUUUUCGCUAAUUCAGCGCCUCAGGAGGUAACCCUUGGGCCAGGACCGCAUUUGGUUUAUAGAACAAUCGGAGGCAACCUCGAUAUUUACAUUUUCGAAGGACCAACUCCGCAAAUGGUCAUCGAGCAAUAUCUGCAGCUUGUAGGAAUGCCGUUGUUGCCACCACUGUGGUCCCUGGGAUUCCAGACGGAAUACAGUGAUGGCUGCAGCGAACUGAGCAGUUGGAGUAUUCUCAUCGCAUCAGUAUUCUUAUCUUAUUGCUUAUUGCGCAUUCAAAAACAUUUCAAAGUGAGCCUGGAUUGUACUGCUGUUGUUGAGAUUGGGCGUAAUGGUUACGCAAGUGCGAACGAAUUGGACCAAGUUGUUAGGCAGACGGAAUCACGUGGAAUUUUAUUCAAUGUUAUCAAUAUAAACACGGACUAUAUGCACGAUUUCAAUGAUUUCACACUCAAUAAUGAUUGGAAGCAACUGACAAAUAUAACGCAAAAGUGGCACGAACAAGGCUAUAAGCUUACAAUAUUCAUCAAUACUGGCAUUUCCGUCAAGAAUCCGUGGUUCAAGGAUGCCAUUGACAACAAUGUCAGUUUCAUUGAAUGGCCAACAGAAGAUUUAGUACCAACCGAAACGAACUCAUUGUAUGCAGAAACCAAUGGAACAAAGGUAGCCUUCGAUGGUGUUUGGUUAAGUGGUGAUGAACCAACGAGCUUCGGAACAAACCAACAAAAUCCAUGGUACUUUAACGACUCGGCACAUCAUGCGAAAAUUGUACCGUUGAAAUGCCCACUCAGUGGAACGUCAACUUAUCCCUCAUCCGGUAGCUAUGCAGGGCAUUGGCUAGGCGCUACUUCAGCAAGAUGGGAUGACCUUCGAGGAUCGAUCAUUACUACUCAAGAAUUCAAUAUGUUCGGAAUUCCAUACGUCGGUGCAUACAUUUGCGGCGAUGAUUCUACGGUGGACGAUGUGGAAUUGUCAGAGGAAUUUCAGAUCACGUUCGCAGCUGAGAAUAAUUGGUAUUUGAGAUAUCCUCAUCGCUAUAAGAAGAAGCAACCGAUAAUGCAAGUCGAAUCAGUGGAGGUGAGUGCAUAUUUACCAAAUGGAAGAUGGUAUUCACUGGGUACUGAAGAUUACGGACUUGAAAUUGCACCAGGCGACCGACUCUUCAGUGCAAGUGGAAACUGCAUUCCACGUCAGAGGACUGCUUCAACAGCUCUUCUUUCCCUGAUGAAUCCUUUCGACUUACUAAUUGCUUUAGAUGAAACAGAUCAUGCGGAAGGGAGCUUCCGCUGGGAAUACGGUGCAGAUCAAUCGAAAAUUCCAUAUCAGAGUGCGUCAAAUUUCGUGUUCAACGCAAAUCCAGAAAACAGUGUGUUGCUGAUAACGAGUCGCAUCCACGACUCUCGUGUACCUCCAUUUGACGUCAUCGAAGUGCUCGGUAUACGAUACGUACCUGAUCUGACGUCGGUGAAGAUCGAUUCGCAUUUAGCAAAAGUGGACCAGCAAAAGUCUUAUUGGAAUGAGCCGAAAAAAUUGAUUCACAUCGAGGGUGACGGACUCAUCCAUCUUCAAACUAAUACUUCAAUAACGAUAGAGUGGAAUCACAAAAAGUUUGUUGAAUACUUCAUUUUGAUCUGGUUGAAAAUGAAAACACUCAACUAA